AUGGACCACGACAACCCACCUUCUUCGAAUCUUGGUGUUGAGAACUCCACUCCUGCUGCUGAACAAUCUUCCGCUGCUCCUGUUCUUUUUUCAGCAGACCCUCCACUUGUCCUAAAGACCGAACCUGGAGUCUCUCAACCUAAGAAGACCAAGCGUAAGCCUCCUCCUCUUCCUCCUAGCAAAUGUUCCUGUGUUCGUGCAUCUGGAUCCAAAGGAAAGUCUAAGCCAUCGCCCGCUCCAACUCGUCGCAUGCCUCGUCGUAGCUCUACUCGCUCGUCCACUCACGAUGACCUUGAAGAUGUCACUGACACUUCACUUCCAAAGCCCGAUCUCACUGCAGAGGAUGUUGUAGAAGUUCCUCCACCGACGUACCUCUCUCGCUAUGUUGCAAAUCGCCGUCUCACUGCUGCUCGUGAUCGCAACUACCAUGAACUGAAGCUUCCGUCCUCAGAUCCCUACUCAUCUCAGUUCUUCUCCGAACUCACCAUGCGUCGUUUUCAGACUAUCUCAGAUCGCCCCUUCAAUGAGAUGGGCUGCCUUGCUGCUGAUAACCCUCACGGUGGUGAUGCAUACAAAAUCCUGUCGGAUUUUGGUCUUCUGUCUACGGUUACUGAAGUUGAUUCGUUUGUAGGGGCUGUUAUCAAAGAGUUCUAUGCCAACCUGGCUGAAGCUGAAACAGAGGGGAUUGACACACUCAAAGUUUAUGUCCGUGGAUCCAUGUAUGAGUUCUCUCCAUCUCUCAUCAAUGCCAUGUAUCAGCUUCCCAAUGAGUCGUACCCUUUGAAUGCGACUCAGAUCCAAGUUCUUGACAAUGUUGAUGAGAUUGUCACUCUCCUCACUGAUGGUUGGAUUCGUACUUGGGAGCUUCGCAACAAAAAGGAGAUGGGCGAUACGGUGGCGAUGCUUCAGAAGAUCUGUUGUCAGAACUGGAUGCCCACAAUGAACCCCAGCUCUAUGUCUGCUGAGCGGUCUAUACUCCUCUUCAUGAUUCUCAAAGGCCAUCGCUUUAACUUUGGGAAAUUGGUCUUUGAUGAAAUCUGUGCCUGCAGCUCUGUGGUCGCGAAUGCUUCCUCCAAUGUUCGUCUCAUUCUUCCCAAUCUCAUCGAUCAGCUCCUGCAUUUCCAACGCAUUGUUCCUGCUCUCUCCGGUGAUGUUACCUCUGCUGCACCUGUUAAGUUCAAGAUUGAGCCGAAGGAGCUUCUGUCCUCUCAGACUCCACUCACUCUUCUGUCGGAUAUUUGCCACUUGCAUGACUUCACCAAACUCAUGAUGGAACGUCUUGCAGGGGGAGAUUACCUUGAUAUCGUUUAUUCUGAGGGUGAGGGUGAUCCUGAAGAUGAGGAAGACGGCGAUGAAACCGAGAGUGGCUGA